AUGAAGUUGGUCGAAGCGCACGACACGGUGACUUUCCCCGACAAUGUCAGCUUCACUGUAAAGAACCGCAUUGUCCAUGUCAAAGGACCUCGCGGAUCCCUACAACGCGACUUCCGCCACCUGCACAUGGAGAUGGAGCGCAUCGGCAAGAAUAAGCUCCGUGUCCGCAAGUGGUUCGGCAUCCGCAAGGAACUCGCCGCCAUCCGUACCGUUUGCUCCCACAUCGAGAACUUGGUCAAGGGCGUCACGAAGGGAUACCGUUACAAGAUGCGUUCCGUCUAUGCUCACUUCCCCAUCAACAUUUCGCUCCAAGAAAAGAACACCAUGAUCGAAAUCCGUAACUUCCUUGGCGAGAAGAUCAUCAGGAGAGUCCCCCUUCCGGAGGGCGUCUCAGCCGUCAUGUCCACAGCCCAAAAGGACGAGCUCAUCAUUGAUGGCAAUGAUAUCCAGAAGGUUUCGCAAGCCGCCGCACGCAUCCAGCAAUCGACGACCGUGAAGAACAAGGAUAUCCGAAAGUUCCUUGACGGCAUCUACGUGAGCGAGAAGACCACGAUUGAGACGGAA